GUGGGCGCCGCCGGCGCUGCAUGAAGUUGAUCACGCCUAUAAGGAAGUUGAGUUGAUGAGGUAACUUGUCAACACAACAAUGGAGGUAAUGACCAAUCCGGAGGACAUCUCUAAACUCUACAGAGAGUUGAGUCUCUUCCCCUCUCUGUCCCGAGCCGACGUAGGGCCCGUCAUCACCUCCCAAUACGGAGGAAAAUACAGCAACAUCUACACAGAAUGGAGUCAACGUGACCUGGAGAGGAAUGAGAAUGUCAAAUUCUGCCGUCAGUACAUAGUGUUUCAUGAUGAUAAGUCAGUGGUGUACUCCGGCCCCUCAGGAAACUGCACGGAGACCAAAGGAGAGCUGUUGAGUCAAGACUCUCCUUCUGGUGAGAUGAAAGCUGUGGUUCGAGAAUGCUCGGUCAAAGGAGAGGACAAACAGUUUCUGGAGGUCUGGAGCAAGAACAUCAAGGUGAAGAGCAUCAACCUGACCGCCCUGAAGAAGCACGGGAAGGUCUAUGAGGAUGAUCAGUUUGGCUGUCUGGUGUGGUCGCUCUCCGAAACCCACCUGCUGUAUGUGGCCGAAAGAAAGAGACCCAAGGCCGAGUCCUUCUUCCAGACAGAGCCUCCAGAGUCCAGUUCACUUGGGGAUGAGGAAGACGCUAUGAAAAUGGAAAAGAAGGAAGUCACUAAGGGGGAGCAGUUUGCUUUCUACGAGGACUGGGGGGAGACCCUGGUCAGUAAGAGUGCUCCUGUGCUGUGUGUGUUGGACAUCGAGGGCAAUAAUGUCUCUGUGCUGGAGGGACUUCCUGAAGACAUCUCUCCUGGACAGGCCUUCUGGGCUCCAGGGGACACUGGUGUGGUGUUUGUGGGCUGGUGGCACGAGCCUUUCAGACUUGGACUCAAGUUCUGCCCCAACAGGAGGUCUUCCCUAUUCUACGUGGAUCUGACCGGGGGGAAAUGUGAGCAGCUGUCGUCAGGCUCCAGUGCAGUGUGCUCCCCCAGACUGAGCCCAGACCAGUGCAGGAUAGUCUACCUGGAGUGUGCCGUCUACGGCCCCCACCAGCCCUGCAGCAAGCUGUGUGUGUAUGACUGGUACACCAAACAGACUUCGGUGGUGGUGGAUAUAGUCAAGCGACCAAGAGAGGAUGGCUUUGCCGGUAUCUACACCUCCAAGCUGUCCCCCUUGUGCUGGUCAGCUGACAGCCAGCGCGUCCUCCUCUCCUGCCCCCAGCGCAGCCGCAAGGAGCUGCUGUCAGUGGACACGACCACAGGGGCUGUCACCUCGCUGACGUCAUCGAAGUCGGACAUUGGUAGCUGGUCGCUGUUGACCAUUGAGAGGAACCUGAUGGUGGUCAGCUGUUCUGCCCCCAACUGCCCCCCCAACCUGAGAGUGGGUUUCCUGCCACCGAGUGGUUCCAGGGAGGAAGUGACAUGGGUUACUCUCGAAGAGGCUCAGACACAGCCUGACAUCGAUUGGCAGAUCCUGAACUUCACCCCGCCCUCAGACCAAGAUAACAGCCAAUACCCUGGUCUGGACUUUGACGCCCUGCUGCUGAAACCAAGAGACAUGAAGGAGGGUCUGAAGCUGCCUCUCAUCGUCACACCUCAUGGGGGUCCUCACUCAGUGUUUGUGGCACAAUGGCUCCUCUCCUCCUCUGCUCUGUGUAGGAUGGGCUUUGCCGUGUUGCUAGUGAACUACCGGGGAUCCAUCGGCUUCGGCCAGGAGAGCGUCCUCAGCCUGCCCGGCCUCGUGGGCUCUCAGGACGUCAAGGACGUCCAGUUUGCUGUUGAGAGCGUAUUAGAGGACGCUGCGUUUGACAAGCAGAAGGUGGCAGUUUCAGGGGGCUCCCAUGGCGGUUUCCUGGCAUGUCAUCUGAUUGGCCAGUACCCAGAGUUCUACAAGGCUUGCGUUGCUCGCAACCCGGUCAUCAACUUGGCCUCCAUGCUUGGCAGUACUGACAUCCCAGACUGGUGCAUGGUGGAGGCUGGUUAUGACUACAAUCCAAACUGCCUGCCAGAUCCUGCUGUCUGGAAACAGAUGCUUGACAAGUCCCCUAUAAAAUAUGUCCCUCAGGUGAAGACUCCUGUGCUAUUGACCCUUGGAGAGGAGGACAAACGUGUGCCAAGCAAGCAGGGCAUGGAGUACUACCGAGCCCUGAAGGCCCUGCAGGCUCCUGUGAAGUUGCUCUGGUACCCAGGGAACAACCACUCUCUCUCCAAGGUGGACGCCGAGUCGGACGGUUUCGUAAACAUCGCCCUGUGGAUGACGCAGCACCUGGGUGUGUGACGGCGUGGACGGGAGGCGGCGUGACGAUGCUUAAGCGGCUUGCGUGUGAACGCUAUGAGCAAGCGCACCUGCCGAAAACUAUUAGUGGCCAAAAGGAGCACUGAGUUUGGGGGAACUGAACCUAAAUGCAAUGACUUUAUCUGCACUAACUCUCCAGGGGCUUGCCUGUUUCAUCUAUUUGUUUCGUUGUCAUUUGGAUUGAAUCACAAUUCCAUUAGAGAAUGUAGUAAUAUUCUUUUAAUUUUGUCAAAACCAAAACAGUCAAACAUAUUUUGGUGAGGUUUGUAAUUUCAUUAAAAUUAUUAUUUCUUCCAAGGGCUUUUGUAGGGGUACCACCAUUCAGAAUGAAAUAUGUUAUCUCUUUUAAAAUAGCCUUAAAGUCUGAUCUAUACAUGAUUUGAUUGUGGGGACAUACACUAUUGAAAAGAUAUUGUAUUAAUGAAGAUGUACUGUGUUGGGUAAGGACAUUAAAACCAUCAUUCAUAUUUAAAUAAAAAAGUUGAACCAUUA